CAAAAGAGCGUCUGCAAUCGUGCGUGCAACAAUCCCCUGGCAUGGCUUGUUGUUGCUGGAAGCAACAAGUGUGAACGGAUGGUUUUCACCGAAGAUCCGGGUCGAGCCGCCCCGACCACCGACUCGGAAUCACUGCCCCGAAGGCAAAAUGGUCGGACUGGUGCAACAGACGACAACAUCAACCGUUUUGAUCGCAACCUCUACCACGACCCCCAAGAAGCGGAAACUGAGACUACUCACAUCAUCUGGGGUUAAGGUAAGUCCCAUUUCUAUUCUUCGACGUUGUCAGAUCCGUGCCGAUCGCGUCGCAAUGCUGGGCUUGAGAUUUGCCUGAGCCAGGAGCCAGGAGCAUACUCCAGUAUCGGCCGUGGGUCCGCUAUAGCUAUGAUCGGUCUCUCAAUCUCCCACCUGCCACACUCAGAAUUAUGAUGGUUCGAAAGGUCCAUCUCAAAGCGAUUGAAGAUUCCAAUUAUAUCUCUCAUGGAUGGCUCACUUCGGCUCCAUGCGGAUUGCAGGUGGUCUUGAAAGCUGCAGAACUUCUGCUACUGGCUGGCUAAGUGCCAAGCCAAACCCGACCGAUCCGCCUACUCCGUAUCUCAUUCACACUCACUCAUAAACUAAUUUCAAGCACAGUGUCUUAGCUCACACACCCCCAACCUGCCAUAGCUUGGUUGGCAACAAAACGCGCAAGCGACAAAAACUCCACCUCCACAUCCAUCAUAGCGUCGCCUCUACAGUGCUGUCAGUACAGAAUGGAUCCCCUCAUCGAAAAAACCCCAGCCACCGAGGCCGCUGCUGAGCCGCCCGUUGAGGUAUCGACUACAGUCUCAUGGCAGUAAGUUAUCUAGCGAUCUCAAUACAACAUACCCGUUUUCCAUCUUCGGUCACGUUUUGACAUCUAUAGCGAUCCUCACCCGAUUUUCGUCAUCAUAAUGGUCGGAAAGGAUGAAGUUCCUUUUGGCAUCCAAAAGGACCUCCUUUGCGCCCGGUCCCCCUUCUUCCGCGAGCACUUCAGUCAAAAAGGAGAAGAGAACAAAGUGGAGCAUAUAGUGAAGUUGCCAGAUACGAAUGCCGAAAUUUUUGGUUGCUUCCAAAACUUCCUGUAUACAGGUCACGUUUAUGACAGCGUCGCGGGACGAGCCAUACCUGAAUAUCCCCAGUUGAUGGGUGUUUGGAAACUGGCAAUGCAUUUAAAGGUGGCUCCUUUGCGUGUUGCUGUUCUUAAGGUCAUGGCAGAGAGAAGACAGCGAACCCGCCUCAUUCCCGGAACUGAAUUGUUAAAGCAAGCCUGGGAAGAAACCGAAGAGGGCAGUGAUCUUAGGCAAAUGCUUAUCAAAUGGGCUGCUGAACAUAGUGAGACUGCAAAUUUUCCUGCGCUCUGAUACCUCCUUACUCUCGAGUUUUCCUAACUUCAAACAGUGCGCUCUUCUCCCGAAGCCCGUAACGCUUUUGCAAAAUCCUUGCCUCAAGAGAUUCUUUCUGAGCUUGUCAUUGUCAUGUCGGAUCUACCAGCUACGCCAACCUUUGUCCCACAGGCCAUCAACAAACACCCUCAUCUCCCGCAACCUAAUGAAGCCGAAGAGCUCUCUUACCAAAGCCCUUACCAAAGCUCUUACGGUCAACCUGCCCCCAAACGCGCUCGGAAGUCGGAGUCCAUUUCGGUCGCCAAUGGUGAGGGAGUUUAUGAAGUCAAAUCUUCUGCCAAGAAGGCUGCUCGGAAGUCUGAAGCACUUGUACGACAACCAAAGGUUCGGAUGACUAAUAAUAGUGCUUCCUCCGCCCCCGUUCCAAUGGACGCUGAUCACGAACUUGCUUUCUGCCGGGAUCUCAUUACUCGCAUGCUUUCUGGUCCUGGAUUCUGGACACGCCUUGUUGGACCUUUCAAGGAUCCGGUUGACCCAGAUGUACAUAAGGCUCCCAACUAUUUCGACGUGGUCAAGCGACCUAUGUAAGUCUCACCUUCUGGAGUGAAAACUUUUUUUCCCGCAGUUUCUCAAGGCUAGAGAUUGCCAGUGUCUAAGCUUUUACUAUUUCUUUCUUACACCUUUUCUCGAAUGAAUCAAAAGAUACGUGCUAAAUCAGAAAUUCUGAAAUAGGGAUCUCAAGACUAUCAAGGCCAAGAUGGAUCGCAACGAAUACAAGACAGCAGCUGGAUUUGAGGCAGAUAUUCGGUUGAUAUUCAAGAAUUGUUUCGAGUAUUGGACACCGGAUGAUCGAGUCUUCAGGGAUUGCGAAAAGUUUGAGGAAUAUUUCAACGAAAAGUGGUCAAAUAGGGACAAAUGGGUCAUUUCGGGCGUCAAGUCGGAGCUCUUGGACUAGAGUCGACUCAUUGGCCGAGCUCUUCUAGGAGAACCAUUACUGUAUUAGCUGUGGAUAGUGGGGGACAUAAUAACUUGUAAGAACUAGAAAAUGGUGAGUGGAAUUCGACCCCUGCGUCUCUCUUCUGAGGACUCACUAUUGUACGCGUACUAAUUGAGGUCCCUGCAGGUCUGAUUGUUUGGGCUUAGUGGCUGUUUUUGACUGCUUUCUAGGCUUGCAAAUUUGUAUGGUGUCUGGAGUACCUGGUUACCGAUUCGUUGUUAGUAUCAAACAUCAAGCAUUCUGCAU